AAUAGCAUGUCUCCAGCUUCUAGAAGUUUCUUUCCUGGAGUAUAAAGGCCCCUGCUUCAAACACUCUGCAGCAAAGCAGCAACUGGGAAAAGAAGAAGACAACAUCUGAGAAAAGAAGAGGAACACAUCUGAGAAAAGAAGACAAGAACAUCUGAGAAAAGAAGAGGAACACAUUCAAACAGCUGUCCAAGAGUGAAAAUCGCAAUCGUUGACAACUAUGAAUAUGAAAACAUAUCAAGGCUUUCAUUGCUACCCAAAAAUACAGCAAGCAUGUUGGUAUCCAACCUCAUUGCUCUGUGCCUUCUGGCUGUGGCCGUGUCCGGUGAGGACAAAAAGCUGAGUCCCCAUGCAACCUCCAUGGCAGACACCAGCGCUAACCUAGCCUUCAACCUCUACCACAAUAUCGCCAAAGAAAAGGGUCUUGACAACAUCCUCAUUUCUCCUGUGGUGGUGGCCUCCUCUCUGGGAAUGGUUGCCAUGGGGGGCAAAUCCUCCACUGCGUCCCAGGUGAAAAGUCUCCUGAAGGCUGACACCCUGAAGGAUGACCAUCUGCACAAAGGCCUGUCCGAGCUUCUGACAGAGGUGAGCGACCCCCAGGCCCGCAACGUCACGUGGAAGAUCAGCAACAGGCUGUAUGGCCCCAGCUCAGUCAGCUUUUCUGAUGACUUUGUCAAGAACAGCAAGAAGCACUACAACUACGAACACUCGAAGAUCAACUUCCGUGAUAAGAGAAGCGCCAUUAACUCCAUCAAUGAGUGGGCUGCCAAGUCAACUGAUGGAAAGCUGCCAGAAAUUACCAAGGAUGUGAAAAACACAGAUGGGGCUAUGAUCGCCAACGCUAUGUUCUUUAAACCCCACUGGGAUGAGAAGUUCCACCACAAGAUGGUUGACAACCGUGGUUUCCUGGUUUCCCGCUCUCACACGAUCUCUGUUCCAAUGAUGCAUCGCACAGGUAUCUACGGCUUCUAUGAUGACACACAGAACAAGCUGCUUAUGGUCAGCAUGCCUUUGGCACAUAAGAAGUCCAGCAUGAUUUUCAUCAUGCCCUACCAUGUGGAGCCUCUGGAAAGGCUGGAGAAACUGCUCACUCGCCAGCAGCUGGACACCUGGGUCAGCAAGCUUGAGGAGAGAGCGGUCGCCAUCUCUCUACCUAAAAUUAGCAUGGAAGUCAGCCACGACCUUCAGAAACAUCUUGCAGAACUUGGUCUCACUGAAGCUGUGGACAAGUCUAAGGCAGACUUGUCCAACAUUUCUGGCAAGAAAGAUCUUUACCUCGCCAAUGUCUUCCAUGCCUCUGCCUUGGAGUGGGACACAGAGGGAAACCCAUUUGACACCAGCAUUUAUGGUAGCGAGAAGAUCAGGAACCCCAAGCUCUUCUACGUCGACCAUCCCUUCAUUUUCCUUGUGAAAGACAACAAGACCAACUCCAUUCUUUUUAUGGGCAGGCUAGUUCGGCCUAAGGGUGAUAAAAUGAGAGAUGAAUUGUAACUUUUAGGCUAUUUGAAUUUUCUGAUGUCUUUAAAUGGUAUAAUUGUUAUUAUUGGUUUGACUGUUACCUCAUGUGGCCAUUCCGAUGGAGUAUCUGUGUAUGGACAAUCUCAGUGAAACUGUCAGUACAAAAACAUAUUUUUAAGGAGACUGGUUAUAAACAUCAGGAGCAAUGCAUUCCUAUAGGUGAAGAAUUAGAACCCUACAAAUGUUACCAAAGAUUUGACAUCAAUUUGCUCAUGUGUAUUAUUCAAUCAGACACUAUGCUUAUAUUAAGCGUAGUGUCGUUGAUGUUAAGCUGUGGUAUUUAAGAUUGUGCUUGUAGAACCUCUCUUUAUGAGAAUGCGACAUCUUUGUAGGGUUUGCCUUAUCUUUAAUGUUUAAAGGGAAAAGGUAGCCCUAUUCAAAUGUUUCACAAGCACAGUUUGUAGGUUUCUAUGAUUUCACUUCUACCCAACUCUUGGCUCCUGCACUGAUGUUAUGUUUAACAUCAUAGAUUUAACACUCUUAGAUGUUAUGCUUAAAUAUGUCUUUACCAUAUAGUAUCAUUUGAGAGCAUGUGCUGAUUUUUUUUCUCCUUUUCAUACUGUUGUUGUUUUUUUU